GUUACUUCGUCUCCGCAUUCACGGCCGACCUUAAUUUGCCUACCUCACUAUCAUUUAAAUCCCUCUGACCUCGUUUCUCCCGCCUCGCUUUCUUCUCUUCUUCCCCUCCUCCUCUCAACCCUCUCAACCCUCUCGCCGUCAUCCCAACCUUCUUCGGUUCCAGCCCACCUACGUACUCCGAAACCGCAUCCCCCAAAAUGUCGCUUUGCCAGAACCGUCUAACGGAGGAGAGAAAGCAGUGGCGUCGAGACCACCCCUUUGGCUUCUACGCAAAGCCGCAUCGGACUCCUCAAGGAACACUUGACCUCAAACGAUGGGAGUGCGGUAUUCCCGGCAAGGCGCAAACACUCUGGGAAGGCGGACUUUUCAAGCUUGACGUUACCUUUCCCGAUGAAUACCCCACUAAGCCGCCGAAGUGCAAAUUUGUGCCUCCGCUUUUCCACCCAAACGUCUAUCCCUCCGGCACCGUGUGUCUCUCGAUCUUGAACGAGGAGGAGGCGUGGAAGCCCGCAAUCACAAUCAAGCAGAUUCUCCUGGGUAUCCAGGACCUGCUAGACGACCCCAACCCGGAGUCACCAGCCCAAGCUGAGGCAUACAACCUGUUCAAGAAGGACCGCCCAGCUCACCCCGAUGUGCAAAAAUUCAAGCCUACGGCCCUGCGCAUGGCCAAGGCUUUGCGCCACCGUGGUCCCGAUUGGAGUGGAAGCUGGAUGUCUGAGAAGACUAUCCUCGCGCACGAGCGUCUGUGUAUCGUCGGUGUUGACUCUGGUGCCCAGCCCCUUGUCAACGACGAUGGCUCCCUUGCCCUAGCCGUCAACGGCGAGAUCUAUAACCACCGUAUCCUCCGGAAGAACCUGAAGACCAAGUAUGAGUUCAAGACGCAUUCCGACUGUGAGGUCGUCAUUCCUCUGUACAUGGAACACGGCCUUGACGCCCCCAAGCACCUGGAUGGCAUGUUCUCCUGGGUUCUCUACGACAAGAACCAGGACAGGGUUGUCGCCGCUCGUGAUCCCAUCGGUAUCACCAGCUUCUACAUUGGCUGGUCCUCUGAGACCCCUGGAGCCGUUUACUUCGCUUCCGAGCUGAAGUCUCUCCACCCGGUUUGCGACAAGAUCCAGGCUUUCCCUCCCGGCCACAUCUUCGACUCCAAGACCGGCUCUUUCACUCGCUACUUCGAGCCGACCUGGUGGGACCCCACCAACGUUCCCUCCGCCCCUGUUGACUACAAGGUCAUCCGCGCUUCUCUCGAGAAGUCGGUUCGCAAGCGUCUGAUGGCUGAGGUCCCCUAUGGUGUCUUGCUCUCCGGUGGUCUCGACUCCAGCUUGGUCGCCUCCAUCGCUCAGCGGGAGACCCUGCGUAUGCAGGAGGCCGCCAAGGCCGCCCAGGCCCAGGGUGCUGAGCUGAACGAGUUGGUCGGCAUUGACGACUCCAACGAUCUGUCCACCGUCACCACCUUCCAGCAGCUGCACUCCUUCUCCAUUGGUCUGCCUGGUGCCCCCGACACCGAGGCCGCCCUCAAGGUGGCUAAGUUCCUCGGAACCAAGCACCAUGCUUUCACUUUCACCGUUGAGGACGGUCUCAACGCCCUCUCCGACGUCAUCUAUCACCUGGAAACUUACGAUGUCACCACCAUCCGUGCCUCCACCCCCAUGUACCUGCUCAGCCGUAAGAUCAAGGCUAUGGGUGUCAAGAUGGUUCUCAGUGGUGAGGGUAGUGACGAGAUUUUCGGUGGAUACCUUUACUUCCACGCUGCUCCCGACCGUGAGGAGUUCCACAAGGAGACUGUCCGCCGUGUCAAGAACCUGCACUUGGCGGAUUGCCUGAGAGCCAACAAGUCCACCUCUGCCUGGGGUCUGGAAGCUCGUGUUCCUUUCCUGGACAAGGAAUUCCUUGAGACCUGCAUGGGUGUUGAACCUGCCGAGAAGAUGAUCACCAAGGAGCGUAUCGAGAAGUACAUCCUGCGCAAGGCCUUCGACACCACCGACGAGCCCGACGUCAAGCCCUACCUGCCCGACAACAUUCUCUGGCGCCAGAAGGAGCAGUUCAGUGACGGUGUCGGCUACAGCUGGAUCGACGCCCUCAAGGACCAGGCUGAGGUGCACGUCACCGACGAGAUGAUGAAAAACCCCAAGCCCGAGUGGGGUAGCGACAUUCCCGACACCAAGGAAGCCUACUGGUACCGUACAAUGUUCGACGAACUCUUCCCGGCUUCUUGUGCCGGCACUGUUGAGCGUUGGGUACCGACCUGGUCCAAGCAGACCGACCCGAGUGGCAGAGCUAUUGCGACUCACAACGCCAAGUACGAAAACGCCGUUUAAAUGUCUGGGUAAUGAAUAUUGCGUGUCUUAACUUCUUGCGGAGAGUUUGGGUAUAGAACCAUGUAUAGAUGAUUUACCAGGGAUACUCAUUGGGACGCGAAAAAAAGCGAAUUUCAGUUAGAUGCGUCGGGAUCACCGCGUAUUGGCUUUUCCUUUUCUUUCAUCUAUGAUGUCUUCUUCCAUUACUGUUGUUGUGUGUGUUCGAUCGGCAAGAUCUGUAAGAGUUGUAGGAAUGGUUAAGAGUAGUUCGGGCGAGGUUACCACACCGGCAGAUUAUGAGUCAAGCGCGGAUGGUGCUGAUCAGGAGGGACAUGCGUUGUCACGGUCAUACGAACCCCAUGUGGUUGGGCUGGGUUCCAUGGUAGGUCCAUGCAUGCUGUCCCGAUGGGGAUGCGUGACAGGCAUCCAGGAUGAUACAAUUGCUACAUUUCUGAGAAGCGGUCAAUUUCAU